AUGCAACGUAAACGCCCUCUCAUAUCUUACUCUAGCUCUUCCGGCGAAUCGUCCUCCCCUGAACCUGAAGACACGCCCAUCGUAUCUACAUCCAAGUCUACCUCACCUCAACCAAAGAAACGCAAACUUCCGCCGCUAUCCUCCCAACUCACGAUACCUAUUCCUGUCGACGACCCUUCCAAACACCAAGGCCGAACGCGCACAGUACCUCAUGUUGAUGGCCAAUGGGCUGCAUAUGUCUACGUUCCCAUCAAGGCUGGAGCUCGAGAUAACAUCGGAAGACUCGUGAGGAGAACACUGGCGAGUGCCAGGGAGAGGGAAAGCAUGGGAUGCCUGAGGAGUAUUGGAUUUGAUAUAGACAGCGAUGAACUAGGGAAGGGGAAGACUCGUGAUGAAAAUGGAAUUAGAACAGAAGACGACGAACUACACAUAUCACUUUCGAGGCCUGUCUUCCUGCGGGCGUAUCAGAGAGAGGAGUUCAAGCGUGCAGUGAGGAUCAUCGCCAAGUCAAAUAAAUCAUUUACUGGGUCGUUCGCCACCAUCGCUGCACUUACUAACGACGAGAAAACGCGUUCAUUCCUUUGCCUCGAGGUCGGAGCAGGACACAAUGAGCUUCGUAAACUAUCAGACGACCUCACACCCACUCUCCGUUCCAUGCGCCAGAAGGAGUACUAUGCUUACCCUCGCUUCCAUGCGUCUUUCGCAUGGGCUCUCCUCGACCAUGCCUCUGCUAGCAUAGCACUUAACACAUCCAAGGCAUCUGCAUUGUCUCUCGGCAUUGACGGAGCGCUGUCAAACCCGCCCUACGCAUCUUCUUCCCACGUUACAACCUUUGACUCACCAGACUCCUUCCCUACAAUCCCCUCUUUGCCGGACAACCUCGUUGCCUCAUUGAAUGCUGAAUUCGGCAAAGCGCUGCUCACGACGGUGGGUCAUUUCGAGGUGGAAGAACUGAAAGUUCGAAUAGGGAAGGAUGUCUUCGGAUGGAGACUGGAAGGGUAA